AUGAACCUGAUCAGGUCUUCUCCUAAGACUUUCACAAUCAAGCAGUUCCUGGCCCAGAAGCAGAAGCAGAAUUGCCCCAUUUCUCAAAGGAUUUGGAUGAAGACCGGUAAUAAAAUCAGGUACAACUCCAAGGGGAGGCACUGGAAGAGGACCAAGCUGGGACUGUAA